GCCCUAGCAAUUUAUUCCGUUGUCGACAACAUCUUCACUGAAUAUUGCUCUUGGUAUUAUAUUACGGCUUUGGACCCUGGAUCCGGAUUGACGACUUAUUUUCAGCACCCAUCUAUUGUUAUCGUUGGAAAUCCAAUCGGGAAAACUGCAAAAAGCACAGUUCAUUCCAGUCCGACAUUGCAGUUGUGGCUCUUAUUCUCCAUCAUAAUAGUAGAAAAGCCGGGGGAAUGUCUUUCUGUGUACUUUGAGUUGGUAAAACACUGAUAAAAGUAGGAUUUAUCUUUCUGGAGAAAUUUAUUGGAGGUUUGCUUCAUUGGAUCAAAUUGGAAAUAAAACCCCUGGUAAAAAGAAUGCAGGUCAUAUAGAUCUUUUUACAUUUCAUUAAGCAGGAGAGAGAUGGGGUAUUGCAUUUCUCAACAGAAUCAUAUGGUGGUAUUUAGUGGUUUGCAUGGUCUAAAUGGGUGUUCCAAACCAGAGGGUUGCCAUUCUGGCACAUGCCAUUGCGUAAUAAUAAAAUCACCUGGUUUGCGAUUAAAUUGCAUAAGCAAGUGUGAUCACCAAACUCAAUCUCGUUUACAUUGGAGGGGUGGUCAUGGUGCUCGAAGAAAUGUGCACUUCUCACUGUGUAGAGGGUUGCAAAGAAGUUUUUGCAUUGAAAGAGACAAUGAGAUUGACCAAGAUGAGUGGAGCUCUGAAGAUUAUAGAAUGGUUGUUGAUAGAAAUUUUAGACAGCAUAUAAAUUCAAAGAAGCCUUCAAGUUCUUCUUCAUUGUAUCUUGAUGGACCCUUUGUUGAAAAUAAUGAGGAAACCAACAAUGGUAUUCUUCAAAACUUCUGCAGCCAAGGAAGAUUGUUAGAUGCAUCAAGGUUGAUUGAUAUUAUGGCACGUCGAAACCAAAUUCCACAUUUCCCUUCUUGCACAAACUUAAUCCGAGGCCUUAUCAGAAUGGAUCGAAUAGAUAAAGCUGCCAAAGUCUUGCAAGUCAUGGUCAUGUCUGGUGGGGUUCCAGAUAUCAUCACGUACAACAUGAUGGUUGGUGGUCUCUGCAAGAGAGGACUGUUAAGAUCUGCCAUUGACUUCUUAGAUGAGAUGAGCUUGAGUGGUUGCCCUCCUGAUGUGAUUACUUAUAAUACGAUAAUCCGGUCAAUGUGUGAUAAAGGAAAUUUCGAUAAGGCUGUUGGAUUUUGGAAGGACCAACUGAGAAAGGGUUGCCCCCCUUAUCUGAUUACCUACACAGUUCUCAUUGAACUAGUCUGCAAGCACUGUGGAACUUUGAGGGCUAUUGAAGUGUUGGAAGAUAUUGCAAUUGAGGGCUGCUAUCCUGAUAUUAUUACCUAUAAUUCUUUGGUUAAUUUUACCUGUAAGCAGGGCCUGUAUGAGGAUGCAGCUUUGGUUGUACGUAAUCUUUUAUCUCAUGGUAUGGAACCCAAUGCAAUAACCUACAAUACUCUUCUGCAUUCUCUUUGUAACCGUGGGUGCUGGGAUGAAGUAGAUGAGAUUGUGAUGAUCAUGAAAGAAACUUCCCAUACUCCUACUGUGGUUACUUACAAUAUCUUGAUAAAUGGUUUGUGUAAAGUUGGGCUUGUGGAUCGUGCCAUCAACUUUUACAAUGAUAUGGUUUUUCGAAACUGUUCACCUGACAUUGUAACUUACAACACUCUUCUAGGUGCUUUAUGUAAAGAGGGAAUGGUUGAUGAGGCCCUCCAAGUGCUUCACAUUUUAAGUGGUACCAAUUGUUAUCCUUGUUUGAUCUCUUAUAAUACAGUAAUUGAUGGGUUGGCUAAGAAGGGUAUGAUGGAGAAAGCAAUGGGACUGUAUGGUCAAAUGAUAGAAAAUGGGAUCAUUCCUGAUGCUAUUACCCAUCGGUGUCUUGUUUGGGGCUUUUCUCGGGUGGAUCUAAUUGAGAAAGCUGUUGAUAUUUUGAAGGAUAUGGGUAAGAGAGACCACAAGGCUGGAAUUAAGGCCUAUAGAUUUGUGAUUCAAGGACUAUGUAAAAAUAAGAAGGUGGAUCUGGCAAUUCAAGUUCUAGAAAUGAUGAUCUCAAGUCGAUGCAGGCCAGAUGUGGCAAUUUAUUCUAUGAUUAUUAAAGGUGUGGCUGCUGCUGGUAUGACCAAAGAGGCUAACAAGUUGCAUCGAAAGUUAAUAGAAUGGAACGUUUUAAAAGAAGCGACCACACCGGAUUAGAACUGCAAAAGCAUGACCUUAUUCAACACUUGAGACCUAGACAACCAUUUUUGCGCAUGAAGUUAUACAGAAUAUACGUUCUCGUGUGUUGAUUGUUCUUGUCCUGUUAUCUUGUUGGAAACCCUUUAACCUUACAAUUGUUUGAUCUUCCAAUAUGGUCACUUACCUUGUUUCUGUUGGAUUCUUAUUAUAAUCUGUUAUUUCAGUUGUUGCUGUUGUUUCGUUUGUCAACAUAUCAGAAUAAUGUGAUUUUAUUAAAUCGUAUCUAAGGUUAAUAUGUAUGGGGCA